AUGUACGCCAGAAGUACCACAGGGGUGAAGUUGGAGGAAGAACUUUGUGGCGCAAAUGAGGAGCCACGACCUCAUCAAAUGCUGGAUGUCGUCUUCAACAAGAACCCUCGGGGAGGGCCGCGCAGAUCAGGCGUCAGUGAGGCUCAUCAUCCUGAAUGGCAGGAGUCCUCUCCCAUUGAAGAGGAGGAGGAUGAGGAAGAGUUCCUACACAUUAAAGAAGAAGAGCAGGAGGAUAUUAUCAAGGUUUCAUUAACUGGUAACCUUCUGAAGAGUGAAAAUGAAGGUUCAAGUGAGGAGAGCAGAGGGAUGGCUUCUCGGAGGAGCAGCAGCAGAAACUCAACAGAAGGUGAUGAAGACAACAGCGAGGGAUCACCAGGCGACGGCCUCAUAGCUCCAAUAUUCACUCAAAAGGGAACUUUAACAAUUCAUACACGGCGACAUACUGGGGAAAAACCAUUUUCCUGCUUGGUUUGUGGCCAAAAAUUUGCUCAGCAGGGAAACUUAAAAAGACACAAAACCACACACACUGGGGAGAAACCUUUCUCCUGCCUAGUUUGUGGCCAAAAAUUUGCUCAUAAGGCAGCUCUGAAAAUGCACACAACAAAACACACCGGGGAGAACCCUUUUUCAUGCUCAUUUUGUGGCCAAAUUUUUACCCAAAUGGGGCACUUAAAAAGUCACACAAGAAUACACACUGGUGAGAAACCGUUCUCCUGCCCAGUUUGUGACCAAAAAUUUGCUCAGAAGGGUUACUUAAAAAUUCAUGCAAGAACCCACACAGGGGAGAAACCUUUUUCAUGCUCAGUUUGUGGCCAAAGAUUCACGAUUAAGGGGAACUUAAAAAAACACACACGAACACACACAGGAGAAAAGCCUUUCUCGUGCUCAGUUUGCGGUAAAAGAUUUGCCUGGAAGUUUCAGGUUAAAAAACACGAGUGUAUUGCUGUGAAAAGCAGUGACUGUUAA